GACACAUUAUUCUAUCGCAAACUUCACUAACCCACUGUUCGUAACUCUGUUGGUUCUUUUGACCAGAAUAGAUAUGGCGGCCUCCCUGUCGUGCUCCCCAAACCCUACCUUAACCAGAGUCACCGUUUCUCCCAGAUCCUCUCUCUCUCCCACUGCCCCUCACUUCCUCAAAGUCCUCGCCACAACCCCAUCCCACCCCUUUAGACCCCUCACCGCUCGUUCCCAAAGUUCCUCAUUCUCCUUAGCCGCACCUCGAGCAUCCGCCGCCGCCGCCGACGACAAGUCAUCCUCAACCUCCACCACGUUCCAUGGCAUAUGCUACGUCGUCGGUGACAACAUCGAUACCGACCAGAUCAUCCCCGCCGAGUACCUCACCCUCGUCCCCUCCAAGCCCGACGAGUACGAAAAACUCGGUUCCUACGCCCUCAUCGGCCUUCCCGACUCCUAUACCACUCGUUUCGUGGAACCCAACGAGACCAAGACGAAAUACUCCAUCGUCAUCGGUGGCUACAACUUCGGCUGCGGCUCGUCCCGUGAGCAUGCCCCCGUGGCGCUCGGCGCUGCUGGGGUCGCGGCUGUGGUGGCGGAAUCCUACGCCCGCAUCUUCUUCAGGAACUCGGUGGCCACGGGGGAGGUGUAUCCUCUGGAAUCCGAGGGGAGAAUCUGUGAGGAGUGUAAGACCGGGGACACGUUGACUAUUGAGCUCGCUGAGGGCCGUCUGAUCAAUCACACGACCGGCAAGGAGUACAGGUUGAAGCCGAUUGGGGACGCCGGCCCCGUCAUCGAAGCCGGUGGCAUAUUCGAUUACGCCAGGAAGACCGGAAUGAUUCCCUCCAUUUCGGCUUAGAAUGGCCCGACAGUACGGUUCCACAAGAGGGCCUUUCUAUGUAUUGCAUGUUGCUUGUAGCAAAGGUUAUGAUGUUCGCGGAUCUUUUCUUCCUGAUAAUCAGACAGUAGAGCUGCUUUGUUCUUUGGAGUCUCUCAGUAAUAAAGGACCAUUCUUCCUGAAACAAGCUGUAUCUUCAUGUUUUAUGCUUGUUUUCACUCGGACUUGCAGCAGUUGAUAGUGUAGUGUGCUAUAUAUCUUAUCUUCAAUGAAUAUUGCUGUUUUAGUUUUGAUACAUCCUCAUAAAAUAUUGGAACCUUUGUUUUA